AUGAGCAACUUAUCUGUUGGCGGCGACAACGGCGGCAACCAAUCAGGUGCGUCCCAAUAUGUUCCUCCUCAUUUGAGAAAUCGCCCUCAAAGGGGUUUUAAUGAUGGCCAUGGUAGUGGCAGCUCCAGUGGCGGCUACAAUAAUAAUAAUGAUAACCGUUAUGGUGGUGGUAGUGGCUUCGGCGGUGGUAACCGUCGUGGUGGUUACAUGUCCAAUCUGUACAAUAAUGGAGUUCGCCCCCCACGUAACGGGGGUGGCCGCUCUUUUGGAGGCAGAAGCAGCUACCAAAAACCCGGUGUUGGUAGAUGGGUUGAUGGUAAACAUAUUCCAUCUUCUCGUAGUGAAGCAUUGGAAGUUGAAUUGUUUGGAGUUGCCGAAGACCCUCAAUUCCAAUCAUCUGGUAUCAACUUUGACAACUAUGAUGAAAUUCCAGUUGAAGCCAGUGGUAAAGAUGUUCCUGAACCAAUUUCUUCAUUUACUGCUCCUCCAUUAGAUGAAUUAUUGGUUGAAAACAUUGGUUUAUCAAGAUUCACCAAGCCAACUCCAGUCCAGAAGUAUUCUGUUCCAAUUGUUGCCAAUGGUAGAGAUUUGAUGGCUUGUGCUCAAACUGGUUCAGGUAAGACUGGUGGGUUUUUAUUCCCAAUUUUAUCUGAAUCAUUCUUGAGUGGUCCAGCUCCAAUUCCAGAAUCCCAUGGAUCUUUCUCCUCGAACAAGGUUUACCCAACUGCUUUGGUUAUGGCUCCAACAAGAGAAUUGGUUUCUCAAAUUUUUGAUGAAGCCAGAAAGUUUUCCUACAGAUCUUGGGUCAAACCAGUGGCUGUCUAUGGUGGUGCCGAUAUCGGUGUCCAAAUGAGAAAUUUGGAAAGAGGUUGUGACUUAUUAGUCGCUGCUCCCGGUAGAUUGAAGGAUUUAUUGGAAAGAGGUAAAGUCUCUUUGGCCAAUAUCAAAUACUUGGUUUUAGAUGAAGCUGAUAGAAUGUUGGAUAUGGGUUUUGAACCUCAAAUAAGACAAAUUGUUGAAGGUUGUGAUAUGCCCGGUGUUGAAGACAGACAAACUUUAAUGUUUUCAGCUACUUUCCCUAAAGAUAUUCAAAUGUUGGCACGUGAUUUCUUGAAGGAUUACGUCUUUUUAUCUGUGGGUAGGGUUGGUUCUACCUCUGAAAACAUUACUCAAAAGAUUUUGUAUGUUGAAGAAGAUGAAAAGAAGUCUGUUAUCUUGGAUUUAUUAUCUGCUAAUGAGAUGGGCUUGACCAUUGUUUUCACUGAAACCAAGAGAAGAGCUGAUGAAUUGGCUGAUUAUUUGUAUGAUCAAGGGUUCCCAGCCACUGCUAUUCACGGUGACAGAUCUCAAUACGAAAGAGAAAAGGCUUUGGCAGCUUUCAAGAAUGGUUCUGCUCCAAUUUUGGUUGCUACUGCUGUUGCAGCCAGAGGAUUAGAUAUUCCUAAUGUUUCUCAUGUCAUCAACUAUGAUUUACCCAGUGAUAUUGAUGAUUAUGUCCACAGAAUCGGUCGUACCGGUAGAGCUGGUAAUACUGGUAUUGCUACUGCCUUCUUCAACAGAAACAACAAAAAUAUUGUUAAGGGUUUGAUUGACUUAUUGGGAGAAGCCAACCAAGAAGUUCCAGACUUUUUGUCUAAAAUUAGUAGAGAAGCCGGUGGUUCAAGAGGUGGCAUGAGAGGUGGCCGUGGUGGUAGUUCCAGAGGUUUCGGUAACAGAGACUUUAGAAGAGGUGGUAGCUCUGGUGGCUGGGGUAGCUCCGGUGGUGAUAACUGGGGUAGUUCCAACGCCAACCCAUCGUAUUCCUCCUACAAUGGUGGAAACAGUUCUUAUGGUGGUAAUACCUCCUCUUAUGGUGGUUCUCGUUCCAGUUAUGGUAACCAAACCAAUAACAACUCUUGGUGGUAA